CGAUCCCUCUGUGCAGUUGCGACGUCACCACAUUUCACCGAAAGAGAUGACUGUCCAACUCUAAAAUCAUCGCCAGGAACUGAUGCAACAUGAAGGAAGGGGCUCUCCUGCUUCGACCUUGUGUGGUUCUUUUACUCCUGGUGAGCUCCUGUCAGGCAGCGAGACAAGGACAGGAUAUCCGAUGUGGAGCAUGCAGGGCUCUGGUGGACGAGAUGGAGUGGGCCAUCUCCCAAGUUGACCCUAAGAAAAUGAUUCAGACAGGCUCCUUUAGAAUCAACCCAGAUGGCACGCAGUCCAUCAGGGAGGUUCCUCUUUCACGCUCAGAGGGAAACCUCCUGGAGCUGAUGGAGAACGUGUGCGAGAGGAUGCAGGACUAUGGCGAGCGCACAGAAGCCGCCACCAACAGGAAGUCCUACAUUAGGAUCAGAUCUCGCAGCGGUGAGGCCAUGGACCUCUCGGAGGCCACGUUGGACUCCAGAGUCACCGGCAGUUUAAAGUUUGCAUGUGAGACAAUCGUUGAGCAGUACGAAGACGAACUCAUCGAAUUCUUCUCUCACGAGACAGAAAAUGUCAAAGACAAACUCUGCAGCAAGAGGACAGACCUAUGCGACCAUGCUCUGAAAAUCCCACAUGAUGAACUUUGACAUCGUCUCGCCAUGGCGGCCCUCAGCUGAUAAUGGCCGGUUCACGCCAUGGCAGUGGCGGCGCGGGUGGAAAAUAAAGUCAAUGAAGAAAAUCAAAAUCAUUUAAAAAGCCUCACAACAAUUUCAUUCCAGCGUUUCAUGGAGAUUAAGGGGUGUUUGUUUUGACUCGUUUGCCUCAUUUCUGUCACUCCCUUGCAUCUCUUUACCUCACAGUAAGUAUCUCACUUGAAUUUGUUUUUUCCAGACCAAACUGAAACUGUGAAACUUAAGUCGGACUUUCUUGUGACGAGAUUUAGGUUGUCUUAGUUAAGAUGACAUAUAAUCCUUUGAGAUGUAGAUAAAUUAUCUUGUCGGCUCUCAGAUAUCGUCAAUCUUCAGAUCAGAUAUUAAAUCCACACUUGUGUACGUGAUGAUCCAUAAUUUUGUCAUUUUAACUUGUUGCCGUUACUGUUGAAUGCACAUUCCACAACUGUGCACACUUGCCUAAUAUUUUGCGAUCAUUUGUUUUCUACAAUGUUUGAAAUAUACAAACAACCCUGUUUUUAUAUAAAGUUUGAUGGU